GCGCCUUUUGUUGGGGUCCUUUCUUAAGUUUUGGCGCAAUUGUUUCGCGUUAAUUGCUCCGUCAAAACUGUACAUUAUCGGUGAUGUGUGCUGAUUAAUUCCCGGUCGAUAAGUAAAUACAGGACUGCUGCCUUUGGGUCUUUCAGGCGCGAGAAGGACACGUUUGUUUGGUUGAGGACACGUUACCAGGAAGCGUACGGCUGAAUUCAGCAUGAUGAGACAAAACUUGAGUGAAGAGGAUGUGUCACUCUUUGAUGCAGAAGAUGAUGUUCCUGGAAGGUCACGCAAAUCGAAAAUCAAGCACCCCCUGGCCAGCUUCUUCCACCUGUUCUUCCGCGUCAGCGCCAUCCUCGUCUACCUGCUCUGUGAGAUUUUGAGCAGCAGUUUUAUCGCCUGCAUGGUCACCAUCAUCCUGCUGCUGUCCUGCGACUUUUGGACCGUCAAGAACGUCACUGGCCGCCUGAUGGUGGGUCUCAGGUGGUGGAACCAGGUGGAUGACGAUGGGAAGAGCCACUGGGUAUUUGAGUCCAGAAAGGAUAAGAAGGCAUCCUCGGAUUCCGAGGCUCGGAUCUUCUGGCUGGGCCUGGUUGUGUGUCCUAUAAUCUGGGUUAUCUUCGUGUUCAGCACCCUCUUCUCCUUUAAGAUCAAAUGGCUGGCGGUGGUGAUCAUGGGGGUGGUUCUCCAGGGUGCCAACCUGUACGGCUACAUCCGCUGCAAGGUGGGCGGCGGGACCAACCUAAAGAACAUGGCCACCAGCUUCUUGGGUCGUCAGUUCUUCAAGCAGGCCAUGGCUAAGCACGAAGAAUCGUGAGAGACUCGGACUGGUUCUUACAGCGCAUUCUGGAUCAGUUGAUAUCGGCUGUGGGAUUUUUUAUAAAUGUAAUUUAAAAAAUCUUUCUCAGAAUUCCUUAUUAAUUAGAGUAUCCUGACCUACUUUUUCAGUUGGGAUAAUUAGCUACUGUGUAACACCAUUUUCGCAUCCCCAUCAUUUGUUAGUUUCUGUAGCACUAACGUUAAUAUCAAAUUAAGUCUGUUUGGUUUCUAUGUUUCCUCUCAUUUACAAUGUUUUAUCUUUACUAAUGAAUGGGAUUAAUAAUAAUUUUGGUGACCUACCACAGUUUUGUACAUACAGAGAUGAGUUAGUGAUUUCUAUGGUGACAGAAUGGCAUAACUUUGUAAAUAUUUAUUUAUAUAAAGAUGAAAGAAGGACUUUCAGCUA